CUGCUCCUGAACUCCGCUUCGGAAGCACGCAUUCUCUCUUAAUUUUUAUCGAUAAAUCCUAUUACUCACUACAAUGCCGCCCAAGACCAGUGGUAAGGCCGCCAAGAAAUCUGGCAAGGCCCAGAAGAACAUCUCUAAGACCGACAAGAAGAAGAAGAAGCAUAAGAGGAAGGAGAGCUACGCCAUCUACAUCUACAAGGUGUUGAAGCAGGUCCACCCCGACACCGGUAUCUCCAGCAAGGCCAUGUCGAUCAUGAACUCGUUCGUGAACGACAUCUUCGAACGCAUCGCCGCCGAAGCCUCUCGUCUCGCCCACUACAACAAGAGAUCGACCAUCACCUCCAGGGAGGUCCAGACCUCGGUCAGGCUCCUGCUGCCCGGUGAGCUCGCCAAGCACGCCGUCAGUGAAGGCACCAAGGCCGUCACCAAAUACACCAGCUCCAAGUGAGCGCGGCAACUUGAACGUCCAGCCUCGUGUGUGUGAAGAACGCCUACUCGCGCGCUCUAAUCACGCACGCAGGAUGGCGGGACAAAAGACAAAAGGCCCUUUUCAGGGCCACAAAUCAAUUCAUGUGAUAUCGUUACGAUUCACGUUUCUAUCUAACAUUGAGAGUCAAAAACAAAAACGCAAUCUUCUCGUUCAAUCAAUGAACGUAAAUUAAAUAAAUAUUACACGCACACACCUACCUACCUACCUACCUAUCCACCUAUCUACCUAUAUACUCACUGCUUAUUUAGUAUUAUAAGUAAAGAAUAUAAUAUAUUCAUACAGCAAAGAGACAUGCAUGCAAAGAUCAAAAAAUCAAAUAAGAACACCUCAAUGAGAAUGAUUAUUUUAAACGCGACGAGUACAGCAGUAUAAGUAAGUAUAAUAUUAUUGAUAUUAGGUAAACGAAACCGCAAUGUAAACCUAGUAAAAUAAUAGAUACGUCGUACGUACGUACAAUAUUAUACCUUUAUGAGCACAAUGAUCAAUAUUCGAUAGUACAUACAAUACAUAGAUACGCAAGUGUACCUACUACGUGUACACCAAUUCAACGAAGAGAUGAAACACAUACAUAGGUAGAUACUAAAACCACCCUUAAAACCGUAAAAAUCAUUAUGAAAUUAUUAGUAUGUUGACCGUGGAAUUAAUAAUCAGUUAUAGGUGUUGGUCGUUUUAAACAACUUCACUUGAUUAAUUAGUGCACAAACAUUACACCUAUAUUAUUAUAGGGUAGCUAGAUCUAUACUUAUAAUAUUAUUCACGUACGUUCACGUAAACUUACCAUGAAAAUUAGGUACCUACAAUGGAAUUAUUGCAAGAGUAGUAUAUUACAAUAAUUAUGUUCCGUUUAAAACAUGAUAAUCACGAGAAAGAAAAAUAAAGAAAAUAUAAAAGAAAAACAAAUCAAA